AUGAGGUCCGUGCUCCUUUUUUUUGCUGUACUGAUUGCCCUUACAAGAGCGUCUGCUGAUGUUGUGGAGCUUACCAGUAAAAACUUUGACGAAGUCAUUGCGAAGGAUGGGAUAACGUUCAUUAAGUUUUUUACCACUUGGUGUGGCUACUGCAAGAAGGCUGCCCCAGAGUUCGCAAAUGCAUCAGAUAUACUCAAAGACGUGGCCACCCUUGCUGAGGUUGAUUGUGAUAAGGAAAGAAACAUCUGCAAACGUUUCGAAGUUAAUGGCUACCCAAAGUUCCUUCUCUUUCGGAAGGGUGUUAACAUCUCCACUUUUUCUGGUCAGCGCGUUGCAUCAGAGAUGGUCGAUUAUGUAAAGGUUCAGAUGGCAUCUGAUACCAAUUCAGUAUCUUCUGAAGAGGAAUUUGAGAAGGUUAAAAGUGAAAAUCCUAGAGUAUGCUUAAUUAAAACCAAGUCGGACGAAACUGAACUAGCAAAGUUGGUCAAUAAGCUUAUUCCCAAAUACAAAGCCACCUAUCGUUUUGUGGUUAUCAAUGACGAGAAAGUUUCUCCGGAUGAUUCCAUGGAAUCGAUCACUGUGUAUCGCAAGGGUGAUGAUAAAGAAGUAUUCGAUGGGAACCUCAGUUCUGAGGCACUUUCUACUUUCCUCGACAAGGCUCCUGUAAUGUUUAUAGGUACCUUAUCACCUGAAUCGAUUCCUUUCUAUUCCAAAUUAUCUCAUGAAAAAAUCGGAAUCCUUUUAAUGGGCUCGGAAACUACUGAUGAACGCAUCGCUGAUCUCCGAUUGGUUGCCAAGAAGUAUCGCAAUAAGAUAACAGUUAUCAGUUUUGAGGGUGAAUCUAAUGAAGUUUCGAAAAAUAUUGGUCUUCCCGAAGACACUAAAUACCCCGCAUUUGUUCUCACUCAUGAUAACACCGCUUAUCCCCACCCCACGGACAUACAAGCGAACUCCUCGACAAUUGACGCCUUCAUGCAAAAGUAUUUGAAUGGAGAAGUUAAACCUAUUCAAAAAUCGCAGCCGAUUCCUGAGGAACCCACCAAAGAUGGUCUUACGAUUCUUGUGGGAAAAACUAUCGAUUCUUAUAUUAAAAAAGGAAAGAACCUGAUGAUUUUCUUUAAUGCCCCUUGGUGUGGGCACUGCAACAAGCUCCACCCGAUUUACGACGAAUUUGCCAAAUCCCACGGUUCUGAUAAUUUGAUUAUCAGUAAGAUUGAUGGUACUGCUAAUGACUUUAAUCGAACCAUGUUUAAUGUGAACGGAUUUCCUACUAUUUAUUUUAUUCCGGCUGGAAGUCAAGAAGCUAUGUUCUACAAUGGCAAACGCACCGUGGAAGACUUAGCAGCCUUCGUAAAGAAGCACAUGAAGGAACCCGUUGAGCCGAAGCAAGAGGACUUGGAAGGCGGUGAUCUGUAG